AUGACUUCAUCGGAACCAUCGGCAACGGAGGCUGCCAAUACUUUUUGGCACGAAUUCAAAGCAGAACGAUCAGCUAUUGAAAACGCGAUUCAACGUUCGGCUCAUAUAUCCAAGACCAAGCUAGCCGAUCAUUUUCAAACCAUUUUACAAAGCAUCAAUAACCUCGAGAAAAGAUUAACACAAGCAACCGAGUAUAUACCGUCUUACGAUGAACGCCAAUAUGCUCGCCAAAUCAAAGAAUUGAGUCGAGCACUUGAAGCUGCAAGAGCCAACCUGACACCUAAACCAAAAUUCACAUUCAAAUCACGCAAGCAACAAACACAUAAAAUGCCUCAAUCAGCACCCGCGUCAUACGCUACUACUGCUCUUGCAGCCAUAGUAAACAAUAAUGAUACCAUCCAGUCGCGUGACUAUUAUGAAGAUGAUAAUGUAGUAUCGUAUUCAGACAUGUCGGACCAAUUGAUAGAACCCACUUCAUUGGAAAAUGUCGAUGUCCUCUUAUCCAACCUGACACGCUGCACCAUCAUCUUGACGGUUGGCCAAGUAUCCGCACUGCACAUCAAAAAUUUGAGCCAGUGUGUCGUUGUUUGUAAAGCAAUCCGUGGAUCAGUCCUCAUGUACGGGUUCACGCGCUCGGUGAUUGCAGUGGGCUGUCACCAGUUUCGUAUGCACGAUGCUCGAUCUGUUCAUGUUUUGCUCAAUGUCUCGAGUCGGCCGAUCAUUGAAGAUUCCAGCGAUAUUAGCGUUGGCAGUUAUAGCCAUGAAUCAUUAAAUAUACCCGAUGUAAGGCCCGAAUACUUGAAAAUCAAUUGUUAUGACCAAAUGGAAGAUUUCAAUUGGUUGAAGAAGCAAGCCUCACCUAACUGGCGCGUGAUGGAUAGCGCAGAAGCUGACCAAUUUAACCAAUCUAUCACGCAUGAUCCACCAACACAGCUGAGCCGUCUUUUAUGCAAUUAA